AUGGCUUCACAAGAUAACCCUGCUAACCAUGAUGGCCUUUUCGACAGUGGCGUCAACAUCUUCCAAGACCCUGAGGGCUUCUACCCCGAAGACAAGCAGCCUACCUUCGCCGAGCAUCAUAUGAUCUCCGGCGAAACGAUACGAGUGCGCCUCGUCGGUAGCCAUCCUCUUUACGGUGAUAUGCUCUGGAACGCCGGCCGCAUAAGCGCCGAGUACCUUGAUCAACAUGCAGCGAGACUGGUGCGGGAUAAGAAUAUACUGGAGAUUGGGGCCGCGGCUGGGGUACCGAGCAUCAUUGCCGCGGCGAAAGGCGCCCGCACGGUGGUUAUGACAGACUACUAUGACCCCGAUUUGGUGAAUAACAUGCGCUACAACGCCGAGUUGGCAGCACCGUUGAUUCCUCAGGGCUCACACUUGCACGUUGCUGGGUACAAAUGGGGCGCAGACACGGAGGAGAUCAUGUCGUUUUUACCAGACGAUAGUAGAGCUGCGGGCUUCGAUACUCUGAUUAUGGCCGACGUCGUCUACAGUCACCGGGAACACCCAAAUCUAAUCAAGACGAUGCAGCAGACGCUGAAAAAAACGGCUGAGGCAGUUGCCCUUGUGAUUUUUACGCCCUACCAGCCUUGGCUUUUGUCUAAGACGGAGAAGUUCUUCCCGUUGGCCGAGGAGAGUGGGUUUACGGUGACAAAGGUUUUUGAAAAGGUGAUGGAUGAUGUUUUAUUUGAGAAUGAUCCGGGGGAUGAGCUUCUGCGGCGCACGGUUUUUGGAUAUGAAAUUCGGUGGGCCGAGAAGAAUUUAUGA